AGGGCAUUGGAUAAAUCAUCAAUAGGCCGACAUGAUACAGUAUUAAAUAUUCACAUUAUUGUAACUGUUGCCUCCUAUAUAGAGCUGCCUACUGAUCUUAGGAUCACAAAUGGACAAAUAUCCACCCCCAGUGUCAGAAACUGAUGUCAAAAUUAAAUCUUCAUCAAUAUAGGAGUAUUCUGGUUUUAAAUGUUAAAACACUGCAAAAGAUUAUACUUUUUUACAUUUAUAAAGGUCUUAAUCUUUGAGACUAAGAAAAUAUAAAAACUAAUAAGAAAUAUACAGAAAACUGAAAAUAUAUAUAUAUUGAACUACCUUAUUUUUUUUUAAGUGAAAAGAAAUUGUUUUAAUCUAUUGCCAGCACAGAUGAUGUAACUGGAUAUAAAUUAAUUUCUGGAAUACAAAACAACUUUGGACCCAUAAGGACCUUCUACUCUGGGUUGAAAACUGAAGCCUGAGACAAGAUCAAAUUCCACAUAACUGAUGUACCAGAGACUAGAACGGAAGGAAGGACUAUGAAUAAAAUGGAAAUCGGUUUCCAUAACAAUUUCAUCAAAACAAUGUGAUGUAAUUCUAGCUGCUAUCAAAGGAAUAUCAAACUACAAGAACUUGUGCAUCCUGUGCUUUUUGUGUGCUCAAACAGAUGAAAAUUUAGAAACUGCUGUCCUAUCAAUCAUUUGGAACCGAGAUAGGAGAUAUCUAAAAUUUGAAUAACAUGAAAAAUUGCAGUCCAUUUCACAAGAUAUUUCCUGGCACUUAAAGAUUCAGAAGUAUGUCUCUAACAAACUUCUAAUGUCUAUGUUGUAUCUGUCGUUGUCUGAAAUUGUGACUCUUUAGUAGCAUUUUCUUGGAAACAAUUAUUGGGGUGAAAGACAUAUCUCUGUAUACUGUAUCAUAUUUCUUAGCUACAUCUGUAUUAUGGACCAUCGGGAAUAAAUCUGACAGAUUUCUAAUAACUAAUAACGUGACACAUCUCACUGUUAUAAGUUGUGGAUAUUGGUAAUCAUAAUUAUUGAAAUAUCGUUAAAAAGAAAGUUGCACGUCACAUUACAAAUAAUACAAAAAUAAUUUUCAUUUCCCUUGCAAUGAAGCAUAGCGGACUGAACAAAUAAAUGCUUUCUGCUAGGAACUAUAUUAGUAUCAGCAAAUAUAGAACGAGAUGGUAGAUUCUAUUGAGACUGCAAACAUUACACAAGAAAGGAUGGAUGAAAUACUUUUUGGAAAUAUUAAAUAUUAUAUUGAAGGCAUAGUUGCCAUUGUAGUAAUCAUACUUGGAUUGAUAGGAAAUUUUCUGACUGUUAUUGUAUUAACACGGCCAACAAUGCAUUCGUCAACAAAUAUUUUCCUCACUGGUUUGGCUAUCUGGGAUAUGAUAGUACUUUGUGGAACGUUGGUCCUAAUAACGCUGCCUGAACUGUCGAAAGUGUACUUCCUUGAAGUGUUGCCAUAUAUAGUUGUGUACAUAUAUCCUAUAGCAUUAAUUGCCCAGACUAGCACUGUGUGGAUUACAGUGUCUUUUACAGUGGAAAGAUAUAUAGCUGUGUGCCAUCCUCUACGUGCAACAUCAAUGUGCACAACUGCACGUGCCCGCGUAGUUAUAGCAGUGGUGUCUGUUUGUGCAGUCAUGUUUAACCUAUGUCGCUGGUUUGAGUAUGAAUUAGUUACAACACAUGAAAUUACCAGUGAUAAUACUACAAUAUAUAGAACAAUAUUUUCAAAAACAGACUUCGGUGAUAGCGAUAUCUUCAAGAAAAUUUUCUAUCUCUACUUUUAUCCCUUUGUAAUGUUAAUCGUGCCCUUGUCUCUACUGGCAAUCCUAAACACUUUCCUCGUUCAUGCAGUUAAGCGUUCCAGAAAGCAACAAAUAACCAUGAACGUUCGACAAUCACGAGAAAAUAAUGUAACAUUAAUGCUUGUAAGUGUGGUAGUCGUAUUCAUGAUCUGCCAAGUUCCCGCUUUAGUUUACAACAUCGCUUAUUCAAUCAAUGAAAUGAGUGUGGAAACAUUCGGUUGGAGAGUCCUCUCCUCAAUAAGAAACUUUCUCGUAACUUUCAACAGUGCAAUCAAUUUCAUACUAUACUGUGCCUUUGGACAGAAGUUUCGCGUCAUAUUUAUUCGAACAUUUUGCCGCAGAAUAUUACGAGAAAAUGACUUCAAUUCACUCUCCUGUCCUGGUACAACAAGAAUUGUUACAAAACUUGACAACAAGAAAUAUAAAACUAUGCUUAUGAAACAAGGAAACUGUUUAGAACUUUCGUCGACACAUCAGACACAUCUGUCUCGCUAUUCUCCGUACAAUUCACGCACUCCCUCACCACAACCACCAGCAAGAAGGAUGCGAAAUGGUCUUGGACAUGAUCUUCAUCCAGAAAGUGAUUACUCGUGUAACACGCACCUUCUGGCUGGAACAACCGGGAGCAGGACUCCGACACCGACAUACACUGAUCAAUCUCCUCAGUAACAUUCCUACAAACCCUCACUGAAAACUAGACUGUGUCAUAUAACAGAAACAACAUUGUAAAUAUUAGGGAAAUCAGUGCAAAAAACAUUUUUACCAUGAAGGUAAAACUGCAAACUUACAGAAAAUGGAUCAAUAUUCUGAGCAGAAAUACUACAAAAUCAUGAUUGGUUUACCAUAAAAACCUAAUUUUUACCAAUCAGGAAACAAAUUGAAAAUAAGUGAUUGAGUUUAAAUAGCCAUGAAAAAAAAAACCCCUGAAAAAUGCAUUGACCAUAAAUCAUUCUUAUCCUUCUUCUUUUAAUCAAAGAGUGCAUUAUAUUGAUUAAACCAAAUGAAGGACAGGCCUUUGCAUUUUCCAUUAAUGUAAAACCAUUAAAAUGUAAUUAAUCAUGUUUUCUUACAACAUACACUGUCAACA